AGAUUUUUCAAAUUCCCGCCGCCCUGAAUAAUGUCAGUUCCCCCGGAUUUCCGCCUAUCCUACGAAUCGGUCGUCCUUACCGCCGAUGACGUCACUAUUUUGGAGCACACGGGCUGCUGGUUCAACGAUAAACUUCUCACGUUUUGCGCAGAAUUUUUAGAGCAACACAAUUCGGCGGCGGCGGAAAUUCAAAUUUUCACGCCCCCGCAAACCGAAAUGAUACGGCAUUCGACGUGUGACGAGGAAGUUGACAUGUAUUUCGGAUGUCUAGACGUGAACUCGAAGGAUUUGAUCGCCUUCAUCGUAAACGAUAAUCAAGAUGUGACACGGGUCAAUGGUGGCAGUCACUGGUCCCUAUUGAUUUUCGACCGAAAAAUCGAUAAAUUCCGUCACUUCGACAGCGCGCGCGGCCAUAACUUGAAAAUUGCCGAAAAUUUGAUGCAAAAAUCGCGAAAACUCGUCCGACAACGCCAAAGCCAGCGGAAUUUGGAGCCGGAGCUAUGUCUUCAGCAGAAAAAUGCAUCCGAUUGUGGACUCCACGUGGCACAGUACCUGGCGGUGCUCGCCGAGCAAAAAUCGGCGGACGCGAUUGGAAAAUUGGAGAAAAUCGAUAAAACACGCGGUUUUUGGCGGGAUUUGAUUGUUAAUUUUGAAGCGAAAUAAAUGUUUUUUAUUGAU